AUGGUUGGCCUGUGGUUGAGGUGGCAACCUUGUGCGGGGAACACAUGCGCAGAACACGACCUGUGCACAACCAAAAUCACAGCCACAGCUGACGGCAGCGAGCUGCCAGAAGUGAGCGGAAUGGCAAAGUAAAGGGUGAGUUUUCUUGGUUUAAAUCUGUCUUUUUCGAGAUUAUGGGAACAACAAGAUCAAUUGCUGAGGAAAUCCAGUCAGAUUAAACUAUUAAAAAUGCUUCUUGAGAGUAAAAAAAUCAACAAACAACUCGUGAUCGUAGUGUGUCAGUCACUAAUCGGUGCAUGUUUAAUCCUAUUUUCAAUAUAUGUGUUUUCGUUGAAACCGACCUUGUUUGAAAUGAAAUCAUUCAAGUUAUGUUUUUAUAUACACUUAGAGCUAGUAAAUAAUAGUUUUGUUAGAUUUUGGAGACGGUUUAUCUAAACAAAGUUAACCACUUUGAUUAAUUUUAGCUUUAUUUUGUCUGCACAGCGAAAUCAAAGAUGGCGAGUUACCGCUUGAAUUUGCAGUGUUAGGAGGUUUGCAGUGUGUUUAGUUACGUAACACCGGCUCCUUGUUUGUUCUUUCGAAGAAUUCAGAACUCGAUAAGUCAGAAUUUGUUUGUAUGCUAACACUCUAAAACCUGAAAAUCUUAUUUUAAGAACAAAAUUUCUCAAAUUAAACUACAGAUGAAGGGUUUUUUUUUCUGAAAUGAAAUUUCUUGUUUUAAGAAAAAAAAUCUUAUUUCAAGGGAAAAUUAUUAAAAUAAGAAACAGUGCCUGGCCUUAUUUUAAGUAAAAGCAUUCUAAAUCUUAAUUUAAGAAAAAUAAUUCUUAUUAUGAGCAGGUAGUUUCUUAAAUUAUAAUAACACUGUUUAAGAAUUUAAUUUUCUUAAUUUGAAAUUCUGCUUUUAAGAAAAAUUUUCUUUUUUCAAAAAGAAAGACCAGUCCUUAUUUCAAGAAAAAGGAUUCUGAAAGCUCAGAGCCGAUCAAAGGCCCUGUUCAAACAGCAAACUACUAAACUUGUGACAACAUUGUUAUGCACCAAAUCAAUGUUCUCUUUUAUUUCUCCACACUUGAAGUUUGACAUAAUUAAAAGAUAUCUAACACCUUCUAUUGUGGUUGCUCGUGAUCGCUAGGCAUAUCACAUCAUCUUUGAUUCUGUUUGUUUUAUUUUUGUGAAAAAAAAUAGGAGUAAAAAGGGAAGAAUGGUAAUCCCAUUUUGGACAUGGUAAAACAAAAUAAAUAUAUUUUUUCACAAAAAAAAAACCACCUGCCACAGGAUAAGUAAUAUUACUACAAAACUAACACUUAUUACAAUAAAGAUUGCACUCGGAAUAGAACAUCUGAACUAAAUAAACUUAUUCUAGCUAUUUUUACUGAUUACAGUCGAAGCUCUGAUAAGUGACCACCUUGGAAAUUUGAAAAAGUGGUUGUGACUAUAGAGCUGGUUACUUACCAGAUCGUAAGAGACUGCAUGUUAAAACAAUAGAGGGUGGUCGCUUAUACGAGAGCUUCAAAAAUUCAUUAAUAAUUCAUGAAAAAAAAUAAAGAAAUCAAUGUUUAAUUAGUGUCUUUACAUCUGAUAUAGCCACGGCUAAACUUUAUGUCUAAGUGAUCACUAAGGAAAUGACCCAGUACUUUGACAAAUACAAUACUGCACUGUACAAGAACCAUUAGCACAGAGUGCAGUUUCAUUUAAGUGUUUAUUUAUAUAAAUAAAACUCUGAGUGGUAGCUUACGAGAGCCUAAAAACAAAGGAAAAGUCCAGUUGGGUAAUGGCCCAAAAGUGGUAGCAGUCGCUUCCGGUGGCUUACGAGAGCUUUUCAAACAGGGUUUCGCACUGGUGGUUGUAACUAGAGCUGCUCAGUUACAAGAGUGGUCGCAAGGAGUGCUUCACUUUAUCUCUCUAAACAUUUUGUUAUUUCAUUAGUAAAUGUAGAAAUGUGGUUUUUUAUUUGUGACUUAUGAUGAUCAAUGUUGUUAAUCAGUGCUGCUGGUUUCUACUACAAAAACUCUGCUUGAAAACUUAGUUUCAAGUUAUUAUCGUCUAUUUAGAUGAUGUACUGUUCCGUACAAUUAUUGUAUGGAACAGUAUAUCAUCUAAAUAGUCUCCUAGCCACAGAAAACUGAAGAAAAGUAUUGAGGAAAUGGGCACAGACUUCUUACUGCUGCCUAAUGCCUCCACCCAAGUGACCCUUGAAUGUCAAAAAUGGCAGGUAGACACCAACUAACCCUGUCUGCCCACUGAGGGGGAGAGAAAUUUUCCUAGUCACUUCAAGCUAUGGAAACUGGUAUCAACUUCGGCAUGAUGUGCCACUGUUUUUUUUUUUACACCUGAGAUUCUACCUCACCUACUCUUAUUACUAAAAAUCACUAUUAAAUUCUUGGCUAAUACCUUAUACAGUAAAAACAUGCUCUUCUGAAUGCGAGGUGGCACAUGUGCACCAUCAAAUACAAAUCAGGCAUCAGUAUAAAACUCAGACCAAAUCAUGAAAAUAUAGGGAAAACAAAGAGUAUUAUUGUAUUGUAAGCAUGUACAGCUGUAAAUGAUGCUCAGUUCAAAUCAGCACUUCUAAAACCAUCAGCAGGAAAACCGUUCUUGAAUGUUAUUCCAUCAGAUGGAAUUUAAUCUUUUAGACUGGCUUUUGACAGCUAACAUUCAUAUGGAGACAUUUACAUGACUUUCUAAAAAAACGGGCAGAAUUUCAUAACUACAUGUACAAGUCAUGUAUACCUCAUGUCGGACAAAUUAACUGCUGAUUAAGCUUGUAGAAAUGAAUUAUAUACAGUGCAUCAUCAGUGACUAUGUUUUUCGAUUGACCAGCACCCUUUCAAACCUCUUAUUUCAUUGGUCCCUAAUUUUAUGCAUUUUCUAGUCUAUUUUCGUAAAGUUUCAAGCUCUACAAAAGGGCAGCCAAAAAACUAAAAUGUUCCUUAUAUUACUUGUUUUGUCUUAGAUUCUUAGAUUGCACAGGGAAAAAAUAGUGUUUGCCUACUACACCCUUCCAGUCCGUAUUUUUCUAGAAAACUGCAUAUAUGUUUCAGAACACCAUCUGAUAAAAAGGUAUCUUUGUCUUCGUAUCCUGUGGCUAUUCCAUUUGAACCUCUCAACUUCUCUAUGAACUUUUGGGAUCAUGACAUAUGCUAAAAGCAGUCUGCAAACAAACAUAACUAUUACGUAAUGUCAAAUAAAAAUUACUGAUAUUCUUUCUCUUGAGAAAACAAGAGGGAACAUACUGUAUUUUCAUAAUAUUUAAUGCCCAGACACAUGACAUACAUGUGUAUUUAUGAAACUGCUCUCGUUAUAAUAAAAUUAGCAUGUUUAAAAUGUUAUUUUUAGUUAAUGGUUCACUUGUUAACAAGGGUGAUACUGACUAAACACCUUCUUAAAUCUCAUUAAAAUGGUUCAUUUGUUUGUGAAUGUUUGGAACGUGCGUAGGUUUUCUCUAACACCGACUUUUAUUACACCAGGACUACCUGCGGUUCCCAAAUCGUAGCAGUGUAACAAGAGAGAACGUCAUGACUGCGCUGUCUGCUGUGGAGAGCAUCUAAUAGUUCGAGCAACUUAUAGCACCACCACAACACAAGCCAGGUUAGAUUAAAACUAACUUAUUGAACGUUCUUAUACCGUUCGUGUAAAGGCUGUAAUGAGCUUUGUUAUUUACUUAUUCAUUUAUUAUAAUUAUAUACUGUAUAUUAAUGGCAUUAUUUUCUUAAAAAAAAAUCACCAUUGCCUUACGGAAUCAAAUUUGCAUAGUGGCAUACAAGGACGGCCUGCAUCCAAUUUUUGGAAGUAACGAACAAUAAAAUUUUCAAGAUUGGUUGGAGGCUUGUUCAAAUUCUUAUAAGAACCACUCUUUUUCCCCGUGUCUAUCAAUUUUGGACGGAAGAUCUCAAUUUUGCACCUUUUUGCUAAAAAGCGUAUUAUUUCCAUUAUUUAUUAGUUCCGUUAUUUGGAGUUGGGGCCGGUUUUUUUAAAUCGAAUUUUUAUUAAAACGUUCAAGAUCUCUUUUUCAAGAGGUUGUUCCAAGUAGAAUAACAUUUUUCAGGUCUGCCAUCUUCCUUAAUGGAGUGAAAAAAGUGAUUCCUUAAUUAUUAUCACCGUGCCACGAGCAAGGGAGAUAAAAAUUCUAGAGCCCCGGCAAGAUUCAAACCCAUGGCCACCCAAAUCUCUCUAUUCAGUGAGCAACGGAGAAACUCUAAGUGCUAAGUUAAUAUUUUGGUCUCAAGAAUCGCCAAAUUUUAUUUACCGAGCUUUGAAUUUGCAAUCUGCGCAUGCCUCGCCAAAUCAGGACCAGUGUACAUUACCAAACCUGAUAAUAUGUAUGGGCAAUUAAUAAUCUAUUCAUUGUCAGAUAUCACUGAACGUACCAGAAUCACCAAAUACCCAGUCAUGCCCAUGACACCCUAAAUAAGCAAGCUAUCUCAGUGCCUAAUGUUACAAAGGUCAUUAUCAGCUAGAUGUCACAACCAAAAGGCAAAAAAAUGAUCAUGGAGUGAACUAACAAAUACAAUGAUUACCCCCAUCCUAUCCAAUUCAAUAUUUACCAAGACAGCAAAUUGUCUUCAGUGAUUAAAUCACAGAAAAGUAUUAAGAAUACCCACACUGCCUUAACUGUCUACUGAAGCAUAACAAGAAUGUCCUGCCAUGUAAUUUAUUAAGAGGAGCUUUACUUUUUCUUCCAAAUAAAAUAUUCUCAAAAUAGUUACCAAGGUCGGUCAUUGACAGCUGAUUCUUUCCUUUUCCCCUUAAUGACUUGUCCUUCAGUAACGUGUCGUCUUCGGAUAGACAAGGAAUCAGGGAGAAUCCCUGACGUUUCGAAACAAUUGUUGGAAAAUUAAAUUGCGAUUAUACUUAAUGAAAAGUUAACGAUAAAGAAUUUUUACUCGUCACAUUUGUCUUGUUUUAAAAAAACUUUUUACAAGGGCAAACAUAAUAGCAUAUUUGAAACACAUUUGUCCUACAUUUCUUCGAGACAAGUGUAAUAACAGAUUUGUCUCACAUUUGCGACAUUUGUUGGGUGGACAAAUCUAACAUCAGAUUUGUCUUAGAUUUGAAUUUGAGGCAAAUAUCAUCAAAUCCAUUUCCCUUCCAGUAAAAUUAAAACAACCUGUAUAAGCUGGCAAAAAAAAUUUGUCCUUUCUGUUCACAGGGUCUACAGCAACGUCCCAAUUUGGCUAUUAAUCAUAACUAUAACAAAAUUCUCAAAUCUGAUUGGUUCUCAACUGCCCUGAUUUCAGCCUUAAUUGGACAGUUAAAUAGGACAGUACGCGUCAUGCCUAAGUAAUUGGUCGACAGUACGCGCCAUCACGCGCGUGCUUAAAUGGCUUUUUUUUUUAAUCGCUAGCGAAAAAAUCUUGGAAUUUCUUGUGUUUUGAUUUAAAAAGAGCCCUAUAUAUCACAAAUUUUGUUGUGAUUAAACAAAUCGGACUCCUGCUACGCGGUCGUCCGAUUUUGUUAAUCACUCGUAUGAUUACAGACCGAAUUGGACUCCACUCAGUCCUGUUACCAUUACAAAUUAUUAACAAGUCCGCUUUCUGAAUGCUGCAUUCUGUAAUAAGGUUUAAUAGACUGGCAUUUUGAUGAUCACAACGGUCUCUCGUAAUGGUAAGUUACAGAAGUGACCAGAAGUCGGCAUACGGGUUGCAGAAAACGGCUCGGUAGAUCGAGGUGGUUCGAUCUCGGUUCACGCUGGAACCUGACUCCGGCGAUGAUAAUGGUAAAGAAUUGUAAAUUGGAGACUGCGAGACUGAGAAACCCUGGUUUUAAAAUUCGAGGCCGUGAUUUAAAAACUCCGAAACGCACGGAGUCACCUGAAAACGAGACUUCGAGACCGGCAUCACAAACGCUUCUGAGAUCUUCGAAAUCGGGCCAAACUUUUCGCGAGACCCACGUUUUCUGUGUCCCUGAUGAUGUUUUCCUCGAGUUAACCGUUAACAGGUGCGGUUAGAAAACACCGCAUUCACCUACUAAGGAAAACGAGGAGCUAACGUAGCAUUAUCACUGGAAAGAUAAUGGCAAAUGAACGUCAUGUUUUCCUUAUGUUUUGCUGUCAAAUGAAAACCCGCGAAAAACUCUACGUUUGGCCACCGCGGAAAACAACAGAAAACGCUUAGAAAACAGCAUGUUCGUCGAUGUUUUUCUAGAGGUGGAAAACCGUAGGUUAAUGACAUGUUUUCCUUUCGUUAACUGUUAACAAAUACAGUAGGAAAAUGCCGCACAAACUGCGCGUUCACCUGGUCUGGAAAAUACAUGUAAACGCCUUGUAAAAUACGGUGUUUGCCUGAGAUUUUCAAGUGCAGGAAAACGCCAAGUUAACUCCCAAUUUUCCUUGGAUUCACACAAGGAAAAUUAGCAAUUUUCGGGAUGUUUUCAGGAGUGGGAAAACAGAUGGUGAAUGCCGAAUUUUCUAGGCUUUACCGUUUUGUAAAAUUAUUGGUAAAUGAGGGUUUUCUUGCCGUGUAAAGCUAUACGUUCCCCUUCCCUGAUAUAUUCGGUAGUCUAUAUGACGUUAAGAUGGAAACCGCAGUGAAGCAAGGAACAAGAUACGGAAAAGCCAAAAACAUCGAGGAGUGCGCGUGUCCUCCAGAAUACACUGGUACAUCUUGUCAGGUGUGUCUAUCAUAAUGUAAAAAAAGGUCAAUUACACAUCGGCUUUCAUUCGUUCGCCACACUUAUGUAUCACCUCUCUCUCAUUUCAUGCCAUAUUAACUUCUUUGGUGAAAAGCCCUUUUUUGGUUUGGUCAGUGUUAAUAAAGUGCAAUGCAAUGGAUAAGAAGCCCUUUAGCCUACUUUGGCAUUUUUAUCUAUUUAUGGAUUCAUUCAUCUUUAUUUAUUUAUUGUUAUUAUUAUUAUUAUUUCUUUUUUUCUGGUUAGCUAUUUUUGUCUUGACCUUGCACAACUUUCAACGACUUUCCUAUCUUUAUCAGGUGACUGAACGAACAGAAAAAAGGGACAUUUUAAAUUUAUGGAGUCGCAAUUUGUGAACAAAGAGAAAGGAUUAUGCACAGUCAGAGAGUUCCCAACAUAAAUGGAGGCACCGUUGUUUUGAUUUUGGUGUUUGUUAACUUUUAUAAACAAUCUCCUCUACCAACUAUCGAUAGUGUUCAUUUACCAGUUUCAGACUGCAUGUUGUGAAUAUGAUGGACAUUUUCUUUUUAAGUGUCUGAUUCACAAGGCGAAGAAAUGUUUUCCUUGCGAACUCAACUAUCUCCUGGUAGAACUGGCGGAAGGUUUGAAACUCUUCUGUCUGAAUACAAGAUAUUUUUGAAACACUUUUUCCAUAGUUGUGUACUCUCUAGCCUAACGUCCACAAUGACAAAAACCAGUGAAGAAAAAGUCACAUUGAGUCUACCACGACAGUGUAUUGACCUAAUCACCAGUGUGUUCAUUCUGCAGCAAUGUGCCCGUGGAUAUACGCGCUUGUACCCGGGUCCAGACUUCUCUCCUUGCGUACCGUGUUCCUGUAAUGGGCAUUCAAAGGAAUGUCACCCUGAAAAUGGCCAGUGCUUGGUGAGUAUUUAUAUUUGCUCUCUUUGUUAACAAUCCGCAAAUCGCAUUAAAAAAGUUUAGAGCGUCUGCGACGCAGGCAAAAAAAGAAAUAAUGUUGAAACCUCACUAAAGCGUGUAAACUCAUCCUAAUCGACGUGGAGAAAAAUCCAAUAUUAUUGUUUUGCUGAUCUUUUUAAAUGAAUGUUCAAAGGUAUUGUAUUUCUCACAAGCCAUUUUGAAACAAUAAUAAAAAAUGGAUCUAACUCUAUGACGCCCCUACUCGGUAACAUAAUCCAGUUUCGAGUUGGCUAUCGCCUGUUGAAUAAAAUAAGUGAAGGAGCAGCCUCCAUCUAAAGUAAACAUAAAUUAUAAGACGUUGUAUGAGAAAUAUUCUUUGCUCACUUAAUUAAUAAAAUGUGCAUUGAAUAUCGCCCUGAAGCUCACCUUCAGCCUUUUCUUGUUUUUCUUUGUGUUCUGAAUACAUUUCAGACCUCCUAGGCACUGUUUAAUGCCUUUUUUUGAGCGAUAGUUUUUCACCCAGACGACAGUAUGGUCAUUUUCAUUUUUUAAAAUUUUAUUCUUAAAAUCGCACUUGUAGAAAUGUCUUUAUCGUGUUUAUAAAAACCUUGCACUCGCUUGUUUUAUAUGUAAUAAUAUUGGUUAUCUACAUCCUUUUUGAUAAUUAUGUAUUUAUUACUAUUUCCUUGGUUGCGAAUUCCAGGCUUGUGAUCACAAUACCGCAGGCGUCAAAUGCGAGAAGUGUGCUGUUGGUUACUAUGGCGACGCCACCAAACGAACGUCUUAAAGACUGUAAACCGUGUCCGUGUCCUCUGAUGACCCCAUCCAAUCAGUAAGUACCUCAGAGUUCCGGUUAAUUCCUGCCCACCCAUGAGAGGCCCAUGGGAGCUCUUUCUUGUCCAGCUUCAAUUUUACCUUUGCAAUCCUUUUUAGUAACGUAAUUUAUGAAAAUGAUUUUAAAUCAAAGGAAAAAUUAACCCAAGGAUAAAACCAAAGCACAAUCUAAACGUUGCCUAUUAGGAUUCCGGCCUCAGAUGUCCCGUUUUUUCUAAGCCUUGGGUUCCGAAGAUGUUGGCUAUUGCGUCGAACGUAUCAUCAAGCUACGCUAUGAAGUCAUUAUGGAAACUCACACAAUGUAAACCACUCUUGUCUCACCUUAUUUACUCUUAAUUGGAGAGUGUGACCUGAUUCUGAUUAAUGGUGCUGAUGUAACUGUUUAACAGGUUCAGCCGAAUUUGAAAGCUAGACACGGACGGCAGACCAACGUGUACCUGAUGUCAACCUGGUUAUACUGGCAGGAACUGUGAAAGGUAUGUGGAUAAUUCUUCUGAGUCCCGUUACUGAGAGAUAUUUCUUUCUUUCCUUUGUAAUGUAUUUUUUGGCUCGUUUGUUGUUGUUGUUUUUUUUUGCUGUUGCUGCCGUUGUUUAUUUGUUUUUUUUUUCACGUAUUCGUUGUUUGUUUUUCUUAGUUUUCAACUUAGUCUAGAAGAACUUUUAUUUGUAUAUCCAGGACCGGGUUAAGUUGGGUUAAGAUAACCCAGGGUUAGUGCGAAAUUUAAAUUCAGAUAUGAAAGCUUAAAAAGUACAUUCAGUUUAAUUCUUUUUGUCAACAAGUUGUUGAUUGGAUGCUCUUAAAAAUAACAGAGAAGACUAUCCGAGAAAAUGCUUUUGAGCAAAAGAAACAGAAAGCCCGGCUAAGUUUAACCCUGGGUUAAGCGCUAAUCGGCCUUCGAAUAACUGGGUCCAGGAGAUAAUUCUUCUGUCCACCCAUCAAUGUAUUGCGUUAUCGUCAUUGUAGAUAAGGUCAAGUGCUCCUUUUUAGUGGUGUAACCGGUUUGGCAGGAUUGCGAUAAUGCCAAAGUCUAUUUUCGUAACUAUGCAAGUUCUAUCUCCUGCACGCUUUCAUUAUCCGACAAUUGUUAAAAUUCCGGUUCACUGAUUCGGUCAAUACCAGGUUAAUUUCGGUGACGGUAAAAGGCGGUAUGAGUUUGCGGAAUGGCAUGUGGCAUGGCUUGCGGAAUGACACAAUUAAGCGGAAUGUAAAAUAUAGAAAAUGGCGCAAAGAAAUAAAUUAAAUUGAAAAACAUGCGGGCGUCUUUGCCGCGCCUUUUUUGGCGCCAAUUUGAGUGAGCAACUUUUUUGUUGGUCCAUUUAUUACUGCUGGCUUUAUCCAAAAAGGCAGAGCAGAAAGUAGCGAUAAGCUUUACUGCAUUCGUGUCUUUGUAAUAAUUAAUUUAAUUUAGUUGCUUUAGACAAUACUUUUCCUCUUUCUGCCCACCAUUAUAAUAAAGUCAAAUGUCAAAACGCUAGAGGGAAAAGAACGCUCGUUGAACGUGAAGCCGGGCUAGCUACAAUUCGAGGGAUUAUUAAUUAAUACGGUGGACGAGUCAGAAAAUAUUGGAGACUAAAUGAAAGCCCCGAGUCAAACAUUAAUCUGUACUCCAGAAAUCGAGUGAAGUGAACCGCUCUUGUCUCCUUUUGGCCCUUCCGUGUGUCU